AGGUUAAUAAAAAAGUCGCAUCAGCCAUUGUAAUCAAUAUGCUAUUGGAUACAAAUAAAUCUUGAAUACUUGUUAAAUAUCCAAUAAAUAGAUAUUACAUUAUCGUUUAAAUAGAUAAGAGUUAUUUCCGGUUCAAUAAAAAAAAUUCUUGUGUUUGUAAUAUAUAACAAAUAAAUUGUAAUACGUUAAUUUAACUCACAAUUAUCGAUAUGGCAUCUCAGGUAUACGAAUUCAAUGUAGAAAUGAUGUGUGAAGGAUGUGCCAAUGCUGUAACAAAUGUACUUAAUAAGAAAGAAGGUGUUAAUGAUGUACAAAUAGAUCUACAAGAAAACAGAGUAUUUGUCACAUCUAUACUUCCUUCUGAUGAAAUAUUACAGAUUAUUAAAAAAAGUGGAAAGGCAUGCAAAUUUUUAGGAAUAAAAAAAUAAA